UUUUUAUAAAUGUUCAUUAGAAGACAAAAUCUUACUCUCAAAUCUCCUAAAAAAAACAUCACAUUUAACGCUACAAAAAAACCAAGUUAGUACCCACUACUCUCAAAGAGCCUCUUCUUCUUCUUCUCAAUCUCUCUGAGAGAGAAACCAAAAAAAGAAAAGAAAAGAAAUUUACUCUGAAUAUGGAUCCGGGAGAUCCUACUUCGAUACUUUUCACAAAGAUCAGAACUUUAGAACCAGACUUCGCUUCAAAAAUCAUUGGUUACUUGCUUUUACAGGACUUGGGUACGAGAGAUUUGAUGCGUUUGGCUCUUGGACCAGACACUCUCUUGCAGUCCGUUUGUCUCAAAGCUAAAUCUGCUUUAGGUCUUUCUUCUAAUGGAUCUUCUUCUGCUUCGUCGCCAUUGAACCCUAUCUCCAGACCCAUUAACAUCCACCGUCAUUCUCUGUCUCAGUCUUCACCGGGAAAUGGGUUUAUGGAGUUUUCGAGGAACAACCCUUUGUCUCCUUCUUUGACUACUCCUGGUUCACUCGGAAGUAACCCUAACAUGAUUUCGAGUCCGUUUCAAGCAAGUUCGUCUCUUUUUGCUUCUGACGGUGGUGCUGCUGGUGAUUCCACUGGAAACGGCGAUUUCCUCGAUGAGCAGCAACUAGGGAACUACUUGUCGUUUCUUAACGAGUCUUCUUCGAAGAAUAACGACGAAUCUCUGGAUCCGUUUGGGUUCUCUGCUGAUAAUGGCGAUGCCCAUUUGCAUAAGAGGAGUUUCUCUGCCAGUGAUGCUUGUUUCGGCUCAGAAGAGCCCGGAUUUGGCGGCGGCGGUUACAAUAGGUUCCCUCACGGUGGUUUAGGUGAUGAUUUUGAUUCUCCUGGUGGUUUUGGCUCGCCGGAUUAUGUUUCCAGGCAGCAAGAGGAGAUGGUGAGGAUGAAGAUGGCUCAGAGACAGCGAAUGGCCGCUGCUCAGUACUUGGCGGCUACUGGUUCUCCAAUGUCGUAUGAAAAAGGCCUCAAUUUUCUCUUGCAUCAACGUAAUGUGCAUAGAUCAGGAGCAGGACAAUAUGGGGAAGAGGGUUACUGGUUUGGUAGUCCAGGCCGGCAUGAAAGGGAUGAGUUUAUGGGAAUGGGAGAUAAAUCUAACUCUGCUUCUAAACAGAUUUACUUGACAUUUCCAGCUGACAGCUCCUUCACAGAUGAAGAUGUCUCCAAUUAUUUUGGCACUUUUGGACCAGUGCAAGAUGUUAGGAUUCCAUACCAGCAGAAACGGAUGUUUGGGUUUGUCACUUUUGUCCACUCUGAAACUGUGAGAAUCAUAUUGGCGAGAGGAAAUCCUCAUUUCAUCUGUGACUCACGUGUGCUCGUUAAACCGUACAAGGAGAAGGGAAGAAUCCUUGAAAAGAGGCAGCAGCAACAACUGCUGCAGCAGAUGGAGAGAGGAAACUUUUCUCCUGGUUCAAGUCCAUCUGGAAUGGAUUCCAGAGAUCUCUUUGAAUUUCACCUCUCACCAAGGAUGUUUUCGAACACACAGGAGAUGAUGAGGAGAAAAGCUGAGCAAGCUGACCUGCAACAAGCAAUAGAAUUCCAGAGGAGAAGAUUUCUGAAUCUGCAGUUGCCCGACAUGGACAGUGAAUCGUUUCUCCAUCACCAGCGUAGUCUUUCUAUUGGAUCCCCCGUUCAUUUUUCCCCUCGUGUCAAUCAAAGCAUGCUCUUUCGAUCAGAAAACACCAGUGAUGAAGUCUUCGAAGGUAAUGGUGAUUCAGGACAUUUUCAGUCUGAAGCAACCCGAGCUUUUCUGAGUGAUACUGGUCACAACAGCAGCCAAGAACGUGUUUACAAUAACCAUCUCAACAAAGGGCAAGAGACAACUCUGGAGAACGCUCUGCCUGAUAGCUUCUUUUCUUCCCCAUCGAAGACCGGUGAAACCCAACACCCCGAGUUUGAGAAAGAGAAUUGUGCUACUCUCGCUGUUACUACAGAAAAUAAGGCAGCCUCGUCAAUUCAAUCAGCCUAGCAAUUGGUUCGAUAGAAGCAGGAAGAAAGUGAGAAAAGAAAAGUAGAGACUGAUAAAAGCAAGAAGUAGAAGAAUUUUGUCUAUAUGUAGAAGCUAAAGCCGGUUUUAUAACAUGGAACAGAAAGAAGGGUAGGGAGACCAGUUAGGAUUUUACAUAUCUCGAAAAAGGCAGUUGUGGAAUGCCAAUCUGCAAUAGAAAUUUACAGCUAAGUACUAACCUCGACAAAGCAUUGAUAGGCAGAACAAUACAGUGACUGAAACCUUCAAGUUUUAAGUUUCCGUCUGUUCAUCGAUGAUUGUUUACCUUUUUACCGGGUCAUAAGCCCUGGUUCUGGACAAGGCUACUUCAGUUGUCAAUAUAGAUGAAUGACUUUUUCUUA